GCGGCCAGACGGCGAGGCUGGUUCCCUGGCACGUCCCGCGGAGACCUCUCCCUGCUCCCGGCGCCGCGCACGACAUGAGCCACGGGCAGAGAAGCGACAUGGUCCCGGAGAUCGCCGCCGCUGUGGGCUUCCUCUCCAGCCUCCUGAGGACGCGGGGCUGCGUGAGCGAGCAGAGGCUUAAGGUUUUCAGCGGGGCGCUCCAGGAAGCACUAACAGAGCACUACAGACACCACUGGUUUCCUGAGAAGCCGUCCAAGGGCUCCGGCUACCGCUGCAUCCGCAUCAACCACAAGAUGGACCCGAUCAUCAGCAAGGUGGCCAGCCAGAUCGGACUGAGCCAGCCCCAGCUGCACCAGCUGCUGCCCAGCGAGCUGACCCUGUGGGUGGACCCCUUCGAGGUGUCCUACCGCAUCGGCGAGGAUGGCUCCAUCUGCGUCCUGUAUGAGGAGGCCCCGGUGGCUGCCUCCUGCGGGCUUCUCACCUGCAAGAACCAGGUGAUGCUGGGCAGAAGCAGCCCCUCGAAGAACUACGUGAUGGCCGUGUCCAGCUAGAUGUCACCGCUGCCGCCGGCCCGGCACGCUGCUGUGCUCGGCCUGCCGUGACCACGGCCGCCGCAUACCUCAGCCUGGGGAACUGUGUUUCUACAUGAAGAGCUAUUUAUAUAUAUAUUAUUUUUUUUAAGAAAAGAGGAGGAAAAAAAAAAACAACCAAAAGAUUUUUUUAAGAAAAAAAUCCUUAAAGGGAGCUGCUUAGAAGCGGCCUCCCCAGGUGCCUUUGCAGAGUCUGUGAGCCAGUGUCUGCCCGUGGGGGGAGGGGAGGUUAGGCUGGCACCCCAAACAUGGUUAGCUACUGUGAACAAGUGGGGGGCUGGGGUCUGCCCUGGGGGAGAACAGGGGUGAAGUUCAAGCCUCCCCGUUCCCGCCGGGACACCUGCAUCCCCAGCCCCUCUCUCACUCAGGGGCAUUCAAGCCUGGACUUAAACAAUCCUCUGUUGCCUAAUCUUUUCUUUACUUUUCUGUUGAGAUUCUAGGCAGGGAGUGAAAAGGCCUCUCCUUGCUUAGCAGCUCUUCCUGUUUCAGAUUCUACCCUCAGGGGCCUGUAGAAGUUGCCCCACAUCCCCCCAGCCCCCACCCCAGGGGUAAGGCGGGGAUUGGAAGUCCCUGGGGGUGGGGAUGGAAGGAAACUCUGCACAAAACCUUUGCUUUGCUCUGUGCUGCUUUGUGUGUGCGUGUGGCAGGUGUUUUGGGGGCCGAUUUGCAAUGGAAUCUUGGGACCCAAAGAGUAUCCACUAAGGAUGUCUUUUGGCUAAAACGCUUCUUUUUUGGAACCACGCGAGAGUCCCGAUGCUGCUACCGUAAUUCCUUCGAGAGGUGGCUCAAAAGCUCCAGGGAGCUCCAGGUCCUUCAUCACUGCCUUCUUAUCAAAAGCACAACACUCCUCUCCGGCCCCCUCGUCUGCCCUGCACAUAGGGUCACCGAGCCACCUGCUCUUCCAGGACGAGCGUUCUCAGUCACUGUGCAAUACGCGCCCGGCUCCAGCUUCCCACUCUCCCGGGCUAGUGGCCGGCUGGUCGGCCUCGCGGGCGUUCCGCGGCUGAGUGGGAGGGCACCUCUGUUCUGCAGGACGCCUUGGCAUUCUCGGGGGGCUGACACUAGAAGCCAGGCCUUGGUGCUGUUUUCCCCCCCGUGCUCAGAGCACCUGCGGGAGAGGUUGCUGUCUCUGUGCAAUAUUGACCGUUCUGGGUUGGAGAUAAACCUGCCCUGGAAGAAGUCCCCUUCAGUUUCUUAGUGACUUUGGUGAGGUGUCCUCAGAAGGCUUUGAGUUUCCCAAACCGAAUCAUCUUGGGAAGGUCGGGGCUAGAGCACCUGGUUGACCUGGCUGCGCCCCUGCUGUUGCUGCUUCGGGCAGAAUCCCCCCACAAAACACUUCCUCAACCCCCAGGUUCCUGCCCCACAGCCUGUCCCCUUCCCCAGAUCUCUCAGCCACCCGAUUCUGACUCAGAGGUGCUAUUUACCAAACACUCUCCUUACCCUUGCCCACGAGUUCUGCCUCCUGUUCACCUCCACAUCCACACUGCCUCCCCAGAGCCUGCUUCCAGCCUUUAUUGCUCCAAAGUCCACUGUGGGCCCACAGACCUGGCCUGUGGGUCGAACCAAGCUGUGAAUCCCCACAGAUCGCGGUGUGCAUCUCGUCUGUGGUCAGCUCCCUGCCUUUCUAGAAGCAGCCCUGUGGUCUCGCGCUUCAUCUCUCUCUUCUCUGAUGUUCACUUUAAAAACAACAAAACCCCGGAGCUGGACUGUUGAGCAGGCCUGUCUCUCCCAUUAAGUAAAAAUAAAUAAUAGAAGUGCGUUUGUAAGCUAUUCUGAUGGAAAAGACAAAGGUUCCUAAUUGUAUCGUAGCCUUUUAUAUGGAAGAACGGACAGCUUUAUGGACAAAUGUACACUUGUUUUUUUGUUACUUUAAUAAAAAUGUAGCACAUGAAGUUGUGUGGU